AACAGAUCCUCGCAAUACACCCAUCACUGCUGGUCCUAAAAAUUGGUAAACCCGGCACCCAUCCGUAUUUGAAGGCUGUGCUCAGCUCUGCAAUGCACACCUGCACACAUCCCCAUCAAGACUUUCACAUCAAGGGUCGUUUAGUUGCCAGCAUUGGGAUCUGAAGGUUCACUGCUGGUCAAUUUCUCCAAAUACAUCAAUCUCAACCAGGUUGCUGCACCUCUCUCAUCUACUUUUAAGCGGCGCAAACAAAAACUUUGUCACCUUGUCACCAUCCACUAUCAGUUAACUACAGCCCUUCUGUUUAUAAGAGAUGGUCCACAAAACUGCUUCAGGAGCAAACACCAGUGGUCAACCCCGCACAGAGAGGGGCUUGAAGGCUGUGCGGAUCGAGUGCAGAGCGACAUGCAUCUAGCCAGCUCGUCUGCUCUGUUCUCUUCCCAAAUACACCGCAUCGAGGCGGCGCUGCAGAAAUAAAACGCGGAACAAUUCACCAAUUAUGCCUAGAGACAGUGAGGAUGCCGAAAAGGCCUCAUCGACACCCGAAGCUGCACGAUGUGCCGAAGAGGCCAGGUUCUCCGUUUUCACCACAACCGAAAAAUGCCUCAUUGUCGUUAUGGUAUCGUACGCCUCAUGGUGUGCUAACACGAGUCCUUUCAUUUUCCUGCCGGCGUUGAAGCUACUGGCUGAGUCCUUCUCUGUUUCGGUCAACCACAUCAACCUGACAGUCACUGUGUAUAUGGCCGUCGCGACAGUGGCACCAACACUGGUUGGGGAUGCUGUUGAUACUCUGGGAAGAAGGCCAGCGUACAUUUUUACACUAGGCUUGUUCUUCAUCGCCAACAUCAGUCUUGCGCCUAGCGAAGUCUUUCGGACAGCUACUUGGAUUCAGAUCAUCAUUCUCAUUGAGUACGGCGUCAUUAGUGACAUCGCGCCGCCUGCUGAGCGAGGCACGUUUAUCAGCAUUAUCUCUUUUGCGCUCGAAGCCCCCGGUACCUCUGCUAGUACUCCCGUAUGUCAAACCGUGCCCUAA